AUGUUUGGAAAGGAACCAUUAAGCUUUGGGGAUUAUUUUAGCGUUGAUUUUGUCGUUUCUAAUCUAGAAAGUCCAGAAAAUGUUCAUUAUGCAAUUCAUGUCAUGCAAUCGAUAUCUAUCAUUGGCUCUAGAGUUAAUCUCAGAAACAUUGGAGAAAGAAGUGUAAGAUUGCAAGUUUUCAAAAAUAAUUGA